AUGUUCCUUUGCCCACCCUUUCUCCAAAGCGAUAGUGAUUCACAGCGCCGACUCGCAAGACUUCUUCACUGCCUACUUGAACAGAGAGACGACUCGCCAAGUUUCUUCAUCAAUGAACAUAGAACCAACACACAGGGAAUCUUCAUUAUUGAACAUAUUCGCUUUUCCAUUACGCUCGAUUGUACAUAUCAUGCGGAAAGGCGAGCCAGCCAGACUCGUCUGUCAGUCUAUUCAUCCACACAUACCGUCGCAGAUGAUCUCAAAUCAGAGGUCUCGACAACAAGCAUGUGCGAAAAAAUCAUCCAGUACGACUGUGGCCACAUUUGCCGUCGCGCAAUUCGCUGCGUCGAACAACAACUUAAGCAUCACCACUCGGUAACUUGCUUCUCCGGCCUCGCCUACGCCUACGCCUACGAACAAGACCAUCACGAGACCCCCAAGUUCGAGCGGCGUGCUACCCUUUGCCCAAAGUGCGAACAAAAAGGCAAAGGUGCUGAGGUGUACCACAACAGCGUUCGACGAGCAAGCGCUCCUCCGAUCGGGACAAGCCAGAAUUUGAUGCUGGUCCAGGAGAAGGAAAAGGAAAAGAGCACAGUGACCAAGGUGAGUGCCAGCCUUGGCCGAUCCAACUCCAAUCCUGAACGGUCUCCCUCCCAUCGUCUAAGGCGAGUCCGGGAUGCGGGCAGUAGCUCACUGCGCAACGAGUACAAUCGUCUUGAACCAAGUCUCGAACGACAUUCAGAGCCACGCCCCGAGCCAUACCUUGAGUCACACCCUGAACCACACCUCGAGCAACGUCCCGAGCACCGUCUUGAACCACACCGGAAUAAUGGCUUCGAGGCCCGCCGCGGCCGAGCGCACCGUCCAAGGGACAUCAUAACGCGAGGUCUUGAGUUGGACUCGUUUGCGUCUGCAUAUGUCCCCUUCCGUGAAAGAACACCAACUAGCCCCGACAGCUUUACAGGCCUGCUAGAUUACGCCGAAAGCACACACAACUUGUCCAGUCUUUCUCUCGGUGGCCUCCGCCGUUCGGCCUCGGUACUAAAGAUGCUCCAAAAGGGCCUCGAGAGGAAGAAUUCGGACGAAUCAUUCGUCUGUGCAUCAGCAAGAGAAGUAGAGAAGGGCGAGAGAUACGAAUAG